AUGGAAAGAGGCAACCCUAAGGCGACGUGCAGUGGACGAUGGAUCACGAGUGCUGAGCUCGUCUUUGAACAGCAGUCGACAGACGGUGGUGAGAAGCCCUGGGGUGACGCGGUGGUAGACUCAGAGGCUGAAAGACUCGGCCCUUGCAUCCGGGACCGACUCCUUGUCGAAGAUGUCAUCGAGAGUCCGCCAGCGGGCGAGAACCGUCGCGUAUAUGUUGUCCAAGUCGAGCGAUAA